UGAUGCUAUUAUGCAUUUUCUUACAGGAAAAGGAACACCACUUUGCAAAGAUGUACCAUUUUUAAAAGUUAGAGAUAUUGAAAGACUUCAGACGAAAGAAAAAGAAGAUGCAGGAACUAGUGCAGAGCAUUACAUAAUCUUGAUGAAUGGGGAAAAAAUACCUUUAGUUACUGCUGAUGAUUCCACAACACCUGAUACUGCUUUACCAUUAGUAUCCACACAAUUAUCUGCCCAUUUGCCAUUAUAUGUUGCUGCUGGUUCUUCAUCUUUGAGCUCGAUUCCUGCACGUGCUGACGAACCAUUAUUCGACAGGGAAAAGGCUAUUGAGGGCUUGUUUCCUCCUUCAUGGGUAAAUGACAUGCAUGCUCUAUUGAGUAGAUUAGAGAAACCUGAAGACACUUUUAGAAAUGAUAUCAUCAGAAAAAUUGUACGACGAAUGGAAGAUACUCCUUUAUCACAUGAUGAUCUUCCGGAUAUCGCAGAUCAAACUCUUCGCAGAUUGCCUCUUCUGAAAUUAAAGAGCGUUAAUGGAACUGAGGCGUUAAUUAGUCAGAUGAAGAAGUGUUUAAAAAAUCAUGAACAGUACAUGAAUCGGCAGAGGAAAAAAUCCAACAGAGCCAAUAUUAAAAUAUCGCACAAAGCGUUGAUGGCAGCUAUGAAUGAAGAAAUGGAAAAAUUGACACCGUCAGUCAACGUACUUAACACUCUUCUCGUCAAUUGUCGAAGAAAAAGACAAGAAGAAGCUAGACGAUCUACAUCUGCCAUUAAACAUUUACGAGACUACCCAGCUCUAAGAAUCAAUGAAUUGCUACUGUGCGAAUUUGAAGCAAUCAUUGGCCUGAAAGUUACAGAACUUCGAAAUCGAUGGAUUAAUGCCUUACCGUCAUUGAUGCGUUUCUUUUCACCAAAGGAUAGUACUUGGACAAAUAUGACAUAUAAUCAGCAGACAGUAGCAGUUUUAGUCUCAACUGCCAGUCACUUUAAAGCCAGAUUUGGUCAGGAAAGUAGAUCCCGGAACAUUAUAGAAAUAUUUGAGGAAGGAUCAGCAUUACCUUUAACGUUGCCAGAAGCUGACGAUCCUCCUCGUCUGAUUGCCAUUGGAUCAAACACUUCUCCAAGUUUAACCGUUUCUAUAUACAUAGGAGGAAGCUCUGUUUUUUGUGGAAAUUCAAUUGAAGGCUUACUGUAUUUACAAGCAUUAUAUACUGUUUUCAAUAUUCCUUAUGCUGCUGAAGCUAAAAUGGCUUUGGUUUUUAUCGGGGCUGUGUUGCUUCAAAAAAAAUUCGAGAAGUCUUACAAAAAAUUUCAAUCCGUCAUCAGUGCCCUUGAGGAGUUAGAUUUAUUUUAAUAUGCCUACUUUUCUGUAUAUUUUUAAAUUAAAUGUGGAUUCAUACAUUUCGAAGCUUAAAGUAAUGCUUAAAAAAUAUAGACUUGUCGUUAAUAAUUCAUUUAUUUAUAGUGUUGUCUAUUAUUUAUUUGUAGAAAUUCUACGUUUUUGC